AUGGACCCGGACGUGUCCAACGGCCUGCGCCGGCUGCAGGACUACACACGGCAGGCAGCUGGCCAGGUGAAGGGGCUCCUUGACCACAACAACCUCCCCACGGACCUCCAGCUGCACCGCUACAUGCGAGAGCUUGUGAAGGCCUUGGGAAUUCUGCUUCGGGGCGCGCCGGAGGGCCUGAGGAGGGAGGUGGCGAAGCCUUUCGAAGGCGUCUGGGAUUUCCAGGACAACUCGUCUCUGGCGACGCCUCUCAAGGUCGAGCACUUGGUCUUCGUUUUGGAGUCCUUGGAAUCGCUCCUUUUAGCCGGCAGGGAGGUCAUGGGCGAGGUGGCCGUGCGGGAGAUCAACUACGAUGCCAGGCGGCUCAUAGCCAGGACGCCCUUGGCCAAGGUGAGGGACCUAACGCUCAACGCGCAGCUGAUUCGAGGAGUCGAGGUUCAUUUCUCCAUGCGCCUGGCGGAGGACCGAAGCCACCAUAUCUUUGCGUGGUGGUUCCGCUAUGGCGAUCGCAAUGUCCACGAGACCGUGCUGUACUGGGACGAGCACUUCGAGUACGGCGACUCAGACGACAUGAGCGAUGGUGAAGACGAGGAGGACUCUGCGAUGUGA